GCUGUCAGGGUGGCUAUAUUUUACUCAAACCCUCAGCGGCUGGAUGUGUAUGUAAACAAUAAUUUGGUUGGUCCAACAAAUGCUCAGUGGAAUGCAGACAAAACCGACUACACACUGCGUGGGCCAACUUAUACAGGGCAAUACGUUCCCAGUUUCAACUCCAGUCAUGGCUCUAACUUUUUUGACCAAGACUACAAAAUGAUGAACAUACUACUUCGUGGCUCAGAACCGGUCGACAUCCGCACCUCUCCGGUUUUGUUCCUGGCCUUCAAUCUCCCGGCCAUGACUGAGGCAGAGUUCUUCGGGGCAAAUCUGGUCAACAAUCUGGCUACAUUCCUGAAAAUACCCCCAAGCAAGAUUCGAAUCACCAAAAUCGUCCGUGAGGGAACUAAUGCAAGAAGGCGGCGCUCGACAGGACUGACAGUGGAGGUGGAGAUCAGGGAGCCUCCUGUACAGACGUCCACCAACAACAGCACUGAAGAAGACCAACAGUUUGAGGUCCUGAAGAACAUUGCUGAUGAUCUGGGCCGUGCUGCUAUCUCGGGCAAUCUGAGUCAGUCCAUCGGCUUCAAUGUGUCGUCCCUGGGCAUCAUCCCUCCUCCUCCUCCUUCCAGUGACCCAUCCUGGAAUGAU